AUGCAUCCCGCAUUACAACGCUCGAACAUCCUCAAGCUGCCUGUUUCCCUCAGAAAACAUGCCCUGGCUGCUGCUGACGGCUCGUACCCCGACCUCCUGACUGUGGCAGAUAGCCUGGAUGACCCCAAGCUUCAGCGGCAACACCUCAUGCGUCUGCCUGCCGUCUAUAUCGCCGCACUCGAUCUUGCACAUUUUCCCACCCCAACUCAGAUGGAGGCAUACACUGUGGAAGACUACCAGAACCAGUUAUCACGGACUAUGACGGCGUUUGUUGGGAUACGGCAGUUGAACAAGUUGAAAGUGCUCCCGAAAGAGGCGGCAGGAGAACUGUGGGAACCGCUCAGGCGGUGGAUGAACUUAGUCGGAGACCUCACCGAGUUUCUACGGGAGGACAUGGACGCGGAACAGGCAUGGGACGUGCACGCGCAAGUUAUGGAGAUGAUAAACACACUCUAUUGCGCCUCAGCAAGCGAGGUAAACGCGUUUUUCAAACUUGACGGUGCCUACAUCAUCAUUGGCAGAGUCUGGAAGGAGCUUCUUCGCCAACCAACGCCCAAACAACUUACGCGCGAGCUGGUUAAUGUCUCCAUGAUCAUGGGGCAGGAAAAUCGUCAUCUGGAGCCGAAUCGACUACGAGACUUGAUGGACGGUGCUGGUGGGAGUUGGGAUGAUCUUGCGCGCCUCAUUGUCACACAUCUCCACGAAAUCUCCCUCUAUGCCUCUGACCGAUUUGCGGUUCGCUGCCUGCAAGGGCUACACGGUCUUCUAGUCAACAGUUCUCAAGAGGUUCCCGCGUUCAGGAGCGCACUUCUACGAUCGGGGUCGGUUGCCGCGCUUGCCAGGACGUGCCGCAGUGUCCGCAAAGCGCGGCUGCUCACCUCUGACGAGUUCCGCCUCGUGUGCAUCUUCUAUGCUGCCAUCCAAACAACAUUCCUCGACGCACCCAGCCAUGUGCAUUUCAUCGAGGCUGUCGACGCUGGAUAUCUCCUGGACUUUUUUGACCUCACCUCCCAACGCUUCGCCUUUCGUAAUCUAUUGGACAAAUGCUUCAUUCCUCUUCUCCAACGACAGCUCCCUGCAUUCCUAGCGUAUAUAACGGUACUCAAGUCCCCAAGCCUUGCAGCCUCCCUGAAGGACAUCCGUCUCCUUAUGGAGCAGGGACAUACCAUCCAUCACGAGGAGGUCUUACCUCUCUGGCAGGCAUUUUCCAGCGUGGAGGAACGACGAAUCGCCAUAUUGGCCGCACCUAGUCCGCCUUCACAUGCGACACGAUUCUGCGAAAGUCUAUCGUGCUGGAAGGUUUCCAAGAUAGCCGAUCUCCGGGUCUGUGGCGGGUGUCGACAGGCAUAUUACUGCUCACAAGAUUGCCAAAGGCAUGACUGGCGGACCGGGCACCGCGACUCGUGUUGCUUCAGCCCGGAAUCGGAGUAUGGUUCAGACCUGCUUCCGCAGAAAGACAAGAAGUUCCUGGGCCGCUUGCUCGAGGCGGACUACCCUUCCGUGCUGCCGCUAAUUGCAAACAAACUCGUGGCCUGGUAUGGCAAACAGCGGCCGGGCAUCGUCGUCGAGACGCCAUUCGUCGCAUUCGACUACCGGACCGCGAGCACACAGCCGGCAGUCUCGUUGAUCCUCCCUGACGACUCAUCACCAUACGCAUUCUCGCGCGCACUUGCGGAGAAAGCGCGACGUAGCGGGGGGCGAAUGCAGGUCCACUUGUGCGCAUUAAAUGAGGAAGGCAAACAUACGAGAUGGCGCGCGGUCCCCUUGUAUGCGGCAAGCGACGCGUUGGAUCGGGGCCUGCGGGAGCUCGCGGCGCAGUGGCGGGAUAAGGCGGUAAAUGCAGUUAUGCAUGGGGAAAAGGCACCGAAGUUUGAGCUAGCACAGGAAAUCCGCGAGCUCUUGGAAGGGUUGGAUGUGUUGGAAGUAGGCAUACAUUAG